CGGAAGUAGUUUAGAACUUGUCAACAAGAAAGGCCGUCUGACAUGGAGAAGUCUUCCUGAAUAAGAAUCUAAGAUGGUGGUCCUCUGACAUUUUAUUUCUAGCCCUUUUAUAUUUUUUUAAAUUUAAUUUUAGCUUUUAGAGGAGAAUCAUUGCCACAAUGAUGUAUACUUACAACCUUCGCACGCUCCUGGUUUUCACCGUAGCAGUGUGCUACUGUUUCAGCCCUGCCCCCUGCUUUGCCCUUUGUGGACACACUCCUCAAGUCCUUGACAACAACGUGGGAGAGAUCAGGAGCUCUGCUUACCACAGCUGGUCCUAUCGCUUUGGCUCUACCUGUGACAGCUGGGUCAUCAAGGGUUUGGAAGGACAACCCAUCGUUCUCAGCUUUUCUCAAUUUUCAGUGCGGUGUAAGAAGGAAUGGGUGACAAUAAAAUCAUCUUCAGCUGGCAGUGAGCCGAUUGUCCUUUGUGGGUCUAAGUUGCCACAGCCCAUGGAAUUCCCAGGUGGAAAUAUAACAGUGGUGCACCACUUCCUUCCACAUCUGUUUCCAGUGUCAUCAUUUCUGUUAAGCUAUGCCAGAGAUGUGGAUGAAUGCCCUGUGACGUCCUUUGAAUGUCUGUUAGGGCAUUGCCUUCCCCUCUCCUGGCGCUGUAAUGGCCAGGUGGAGUGUUUGGGUGAAGGUCCUGGCCUUGGCAGUGAUGAACAAGGCUGCAAUACAGAAAUGGAAACUCCAGCACCGUCAAAGAAUAGUAGAAUACAGGUAGAAGAGCCCAAAAGUGAAAUUUACACAGAGAAAAAACAGGACUUGCAGAGACACAAGGCCAUAGAUGAAACUCAAAGCUCAGACAGGUCAGCUGAGAGAGAUACAGAGUCUGAUCUGUGGGCACUGCUGAAUGAGAGGGAGGAGGAAGAGGAGGAGGAUCAAGUGCAGCAUCAGACCCACAAGUCUGCUGUGACACCAGUCCCCAUCGAGUGGCCUUGCGGAGGACUACUCCAGACAUUUUAUGGGACCUUCUCCCCUCCAGCUAUUCGAGGUUCUGCUCUGUACUGCGUCUGGACGCUGGAUCCACAGGAUUCAAGGCCACUCAGACUGGAUCUUCAGCAGCUGGUACUGGGUCCAGGGGAUAGACUCACCAUCUACAAUGGGAAACAAGGCAAAGGAGAUGUUCUUAAAAUUAUCACCAGUACCUCCAAUUACAAACCAAUCCAAGUGGAAUCCCCUACUGGCCUGCUGUCGUUGACAUAUGAGACACUUUCUGACUCAGAGGGAAGUGGUUUCAAUGCCACAUUCCAUGUUGGGAGCUACUGCCCCCCGUGGGAAGGUCGGUGUGGAGGAACAUUUGGAGGUUGCUUUACCCAGGAGCAGCGUUGCGACGGGAAAUGGGACUGUCCUGAGACGGGGAAGGAUGAGGAAGGAUGUAGAGGCUGCGGUCUCAACCAGUUUGCCUGUGGAGUAGUGGGACAGAGAGCGGUGGCAUCUGGCCACUUCGCCGGCAGACCAGUGUGUUAUCCGGUCAAAGAGCGAUGCAACUACCAGCUGUACUGUGCUGAUGGCAGCGAUGAGAGGGACUGCACUGUUUGCCAGCCAGGAACCUUCCACUGCGACAGUGACAGGUGUGUGUUUGAGAGCUGGCGCUGUGACGGCCAGGUGGACUGUAAGGACGGCACAGAUGAGCUCAACUGCACCGUCAUCCUGCCCCGCAAGGUCAUCACCGCAGCAACAGUUGGGAGCCUGGUCUGUGGUCUCUUGCUGGUGAUCGCUAUGGGCUGCACCUGUAAACUGUACUCACUUAGGACCAGAGAGUACAGCUUGUUUGCUCCAAUCAGCCGCCAGGAAGCAGAGCUGAUCCAGCAGCAGGCCCCUCCAUCCUAUGGUCAGCUGAUUGCCCAGGGCAUAAUUCCUCCAGUGGAAGACUUCCCCACAGAAAACCCCAAUGAGACCUCAUCUCUGUCUCUGAGGGGAAUUCUCCAGCUCCUCCGUCAAGAUGCAGCCAACUCCCCACAUCGCAGGCGCAGGCCCCGAUUUGUCCGCCGAGCUGUCCGCCGUAUGAGGAGGUGGGGUCUAAUCCCCAGACCUCCCUCCAGGCCUACACAGACGUCAGGCUCCAGCCAGCAGCAGUCAGACAGCGCCCCUACUGGUCAGGAACCAGCUCACUCUUCUCCCACAAGCUCCUCGUCGGCUGUGGAGGCGGUCAACCAGCCGGUCCCUCAGAAACUUGGCUUGUCCGAACAACAGCAGCAGCAGGAAGCUCCGCCUCCUCUUCUGCCACUGCCACUGCCACUGCCCCCGUCUCCUGUCACCUCCCCACCACCACCUCCAUAUGCUCCCCCUGCUCCACCCACAGUCACCCCACACUCUCCCCCUCUGGCCGUCCCCCCUAGCAGCCCCUCUCUUGCAUCCAUCUUCCACACACUGGGCCUGAGCAUCUCCCUCUUCAGAGCCUCACCUUCCUCCUCCUCCACCAACUCUAUGCCCCUCUCUGCCUCCCCCUCUUUCUCCUCAGCCUCUUCGGAUGAUGAGGUGCUGCUUAUCCCUCUGUCUGAGGACGCGACCUCAGAGGAUGAUGUGCCCAUGCUCACCUGAACGACUCACUCACUUUUCCCCCGUAACCCCACACCUCCUCCUUUAUCCCCUUUUACGCACUAAUAACUGAAACCCAGUCUUUCCACGUUUGUUUGAACUGAAGCACAGGAGCGGCCCGCAGAGAGACGCACCCUCACUGUGCAAGUCUGGUGCCUUUAUUUUGAAAAUUGCUGCGUUGAAUUUGUUGACACAAG